AUGAGAAAUUUUAAAAUGCUUGGAAAAUUAUCAGAAUAUAAAUUUCAGGUGGUAAUACAACUAGUAUUACUUUUUAUGUUUGUGAUCCCUCCCCAAAUUAAAGGAGAUAAGGUAAAUUCGAAAUUUACAGGUUGGAUGAGUGAAGGUUUGAUUUCAUCUGUUAAUAACGAAACAGCAUUAUCAGAAUGUAAAAUCUUAUUACCCUAUGGAAUUGAUCAGAAAGAAAUGAUUAAGGUGGCAUAUUACUGUAAAGAUGGAGAAUUUAUUUCAUAUAUUGGAGUAAAUAAUCAAAUUGUGGAUCACUCCAGUGUAAAUUAUAUUGACGAAAUUCAAAAUCUAAAGAUUGGUUGUUCAGAUAGUUAUUCAUUUAUUUCUUUUGGAGGGUCUAAAUUAAGCCACUAUAAUAGUACGGCUCCAGGAUAUCCUGUCAUGUUUUCAUCUAUUAGUGCUGGCUUUACUCCAGGAGGAUCUUCAAGUAUUCCUUCUCUUGUACUGCUAGAAGGUUUCUUCUCACAAAUUCAUUCAUUCUCCAUUAGUAGAAGAGUUAGCUCAUUAGAAUCAACAAACUCCAGGAAAUGGUCAGGGGAGAAAUUUAUUGGUGGUUGUUUUGCUUUAUUGCCAAUUCCUCAGCCUGGAAAUAUAAUAUAUUCAAUAGCAGGUAUAGGAUUUAUACCAAAAGGAAAUGCAAAUAAUAGUUUAAGCUAUUCAAAUAAAGGUAUAUAUUUAAAGAAUAUGAUAUAUACAGUUGGGAAAGUGUUUCCAGAAUGCCAAACCUUGGAUGGUCCUGAAAUUAAUCACGAGAAGAAUAACUCGGUUACCUAUUAUUCUAUAAUGUGUCCAAAUGGUCAUUUCAAUAAAUACAGGACUUACAAAAAGUAUUCUUUUGGAACAACAUAUCUAGCUUCUAUAGAGAUUGAAUGUAAUGAUUAUGAUAUUAAAGUGGAAAACUCUAUUCAUAAUUCUCUAUUGAGAUUAGGAGAACAUAAAGGAAAACCAUGGAUUAAUCAUGAAAGAGUUGAUGACUUAACUUCUCUAUAUAUUGCAUACUUUAACUCAACAUCAAAAGAAAAUUGCAAAGGAUCAAACACAUGUAAUCCCAUUGCUUUAAGAUAUUUUAAUAAGAAUGGUAAAGAAUUCUCUACUUUUAUAAAUAAUCAAUUUGGAGUAAAAAGAGCCUUAAAACGAAAAAGUGCUAUUAGAGAAAGACUUUGGGUUGGAAGUAAUCCAAAUAUGAUUUGUGCUGGAAUUAAUAAAGAUGGCCAAAUUACAAGUUUUGGUAUUGGGUACAAAGAAAUGAUAGAACCAACCCCAUUAUUUAUUGAUGCUGUGAAGAUGGUUAAACCAGAAAUUAUAGCUUAUCCAAUAUCUUUACAGAGAAAUCAAACUAUCAAUACUGCCAUAUCCUAUAACCCAAAUGAUGUCCAAAUCUCCUUUUUAUCGAGUAAAGCCACUGGUUGUAACUAUUCCUAUUCUCCUGGAAAAGAAACCGUAAGCAAAAAUACCAUUCAAGUUCAUGCUCAAUGUAAAUACGACUUAAAUGGAGUUCCACAAUAUAUUAACAAACUCAUUCUGUUCAUAGAUAGUACUACCCAAGAACUAAAACGUAUUGCUGGUAUAUGCAAUAAUAAUCUUAAGAACUCGAAAAAAGCAGAUAAACAUGAAAACCUAAAAGAUGGUGAGAAUGAAGUAAAUAUUGAACUCAACCGUAAACUGAAACAAGAAGAUCAGGCUAAAUUGAUUAGUACGUUUGACCAUGACAAAUGGCCAAUUAAUAAAUGGGCGCCAUCUCCUUUUAGAGUACAACAUGCAUCCCCAUACAAACAUUUACAUGCAGAAAAAGGCGGGGAGUUAUAUCAGAAUAGUUUAGAUUUAUCAUUUGCAUUUGGACAAUCCAUUUCGAACAAUAUAGAGGUAGUAUCAUCUCAUUCAAGCCCUUUUAAUUCGAUUUAUCUGGGAUAUAAUACAGAGAGUACUAAUCCAAUAAUGUUGACAACUAGAUUGAGUGACUUGGAUUCAAAUAAGAAAACUUUAUUGAUGCAUUACUCAAGCUUUUUGGUUCCAAGUACAAUUACUUACUGGGAAAUUCCAAGUGUUGAUGGUAAUGUAGUUUAUACUGAUUCAAUUUGUGUUGAAUUAGAGCAAAGAAAUGGUAAUAUAAUUGGUAUUGGUUUUGAAGGUUCUAUGUCUUCGGUACCUUAUGAUACUUUAGAUGAGAAUGUUAGUGUAAUCAAAUCAUUAAAUAAUGGAGAAGAUAAGAAUAGUUUGUUAGAUGGUAAAUUAGAGGUAUUAGGUAAACAAAACAAUGGAUUAAUAAUAGAAAACAAGAUUAACAAAGAUAAAUGUGAAAAAUUGGCAUACAAUGAGCCACUAAUUGACUUUUUGAAAGAAAAAAAUGGACUAAAUUCUACAGAAGCAGAAAUUGGAAGUCCAUUUACAGCAACUUGUCCAAACUGUACAGAAAUUGAAUACAUUAAAGCUCAUCAUAUAAUAGAUGGGCCAAUUAUUGGAAUUGAAUGGAAAUGUACAGGAACUAACAAUGUUGAAACAAUUUCUAUUGGUGGAAGGUCUCCAUCUCAAUUAACCACUCAGUUGUUUAAUAAAGUUCAGCCAAAAAUGAUUGAGCUAGCUUUUAGUGUAAGAGGUAAAGAAAAUGGUAAGAAAAAAUCUCAAGAAAAGCAAAGCAUUAUUCCUGGUCCAGCAUUUUUAUCAAUAGAUGGUUAUGUUAGCUCUGGGAAGAUUCAACAAUUGCUUUACUAUAGAGUGAAAGAAGAUUCUCUUGGGCCAACAACAACAUGGGAAAGUAAUGAGAAAUUGAAGCAUGAAAAACACGUCUUAAGAUCAGUUUGUGGCUCUCUGUCUCCGUCCCAAGGAAUACUUUCACUUGGUUUUGGGUUUGAGUAUCUUCCAUUGGAAUGUUUUAAUGAAGAAAUUAAGCCAAAUAUGAUCCCUGUGGAUAAUAAAUAUACUGGAAAUAUUCCUAGCAUAAUUAUUAAUGGCCCAAGAAUUUCACAAAAAGUAGACUCUGUUCACCCACAUUGUAGUCAAUUCCAGGGUGGAUCUGCAAGAACAAGACUUAGUAAUUGGAUUAUUUCAUUUUCCUGUUUAGAUGAUGAUAUUAAAAAAGAAGUUCCAUUUUCUAAGCUUACAGUAUUAAGAUCAAAUACUAACUCUAAAGGUAUGAGUGGUCCCAUUCGAGUUUUAUCUUUCCAAUGUCCAGAUGGAAAGACUUCGGUUUCUGUUGGUGAAAAUGACUCUGAAUUGAGUCAGAUGAGUUCACAAAGCUUUGAUCUCUCAAAAGUUGGAUCAACUUUAGUUGUGGAUUUCUCCCCACUAAAUGUGGUACCUUCUCAGAUAAAGCUUAAUCCUCCAUAUUCUUCAGAAUCUGCUUCCAUUAAAUCUACAACAUUGUCAAAUGUGUCAGGAUUUAAUGAGAUUUCUACUUCUAGUGAUUCAAUUUAUGCUGUUUGUUUUGAACUAACGAAUGAUGACAGAAUUGCAGGUAUUGCAUUUGCAAACAAACCAUCAAAGAAGAAAAGUGGUUCAAACUCAAGUCUCGGAAAGAAAUUGGCAAAAAUCUUUUCUUAA